GAAGAAGAGGUGAGAAAGAGAGAGAGGAUGCAGAGUUUAACACCAAACGAAGCUGCGGGUUUCGCAGUGGGAGCUCUGCUUCUGGGUGCCACCAUCGCUGCUCCAAAAGUUGACGCUUUCAUUGCCGCUGCUCAGAGAAGGUCUCUUGGGAUGUGCAGGAAAUGUGGAGAUGUAAAGAAUGUAGCAUGUGGUCGCUGCAAAGGAACAGGGUCGAUCAAAUCAGGAGGUAUCUUUGGAUUCGGUGAGCCAGAACCAUCAAACGCGAGAUCAGCAACUUGCGAUAAUUGCCAAGGCAGAGGUUGUUUCCCUUGCCCCGAGUGCUCAAAGUCUUGACUCCUUUUUUCUUUGGUUAUUCAAUAUAUUGCCUCAAUACUUUGAUAAACUACUUUCGUUUCAUCUUCUUGACCUUAUGAUCUAUACAUAAUCAGCCCAGUGGUAAUGUUGAAAUUGAA